AAAAGAAAAGAAAAGCAAUAUGCAAAAGAAAAGAAACGCGACAGAGAAUCGAGAAUAGCAUAUAAUUUCCGUUGAGGUCUUGAGAGAUUAUUGAGAAAGCUUUGCUGACAGUUACGCCGUAUAAUUGAUUUUUAUUAAAUGAUAUGUCCGAUUUUCGAGGUGAAUAAUGUAGAGUGACGUAAUCAUAUGUAUAUAUACGUGGACUCUAUAUCUCACGCGACAAAGCUCGAAAAAGUCAACGCGUACAAGUGCCAGUCGAAUCUCAAGAAAGAAAGGGAUAAUCUAAGAAAAAGUUUCUAUUAAAAAAGUGCUGGAAAAAAAAGGGAAAAAGUGUCAGUUUUCUCGUAGGUACGAAACGAGUCCGAGGAAAGAAACGUACGGUUUCACGACAUUCUAUCGUGUUACAUAAAUAGAACGAGGCUACGUCAUAGCGCGGGGUGAGACCGUUAUUGGUCGCGGGGAGAGGAGGAAACGGCUUCCGUUGCUCCGAUUGGUCGGUCGCGUGGGUGGGGCAUGCGCACCGCGGUUGCGCAGCGGAUAUUCGGGGCUAGUCUGACGAGUGAGAAGAACCGUUCGUUUGUAAGAAGGACUCGUAUCUGCGCCUGCAUUUUUUGAGAAUUCUAACGAGCGACCAUCCCAAUUUUUGCGUCUCGCACAUCAGCUUUUCUAGCGAAAGAGCACGAGAUAAUUAUACGCGCGAUGAAUAUGUACCUGGUCCCGAAGAUGCUCUGAAACAUUUUAAAUCUCAACAAAAUGCCACGUAUAGACCCCCUAUCUUUACUUAAAUGCCUUAGCGUUUUAUUGGGUCCAACAGGAGGCAUUAAGAGUAAGGAGGAAGUUCAUCGCUUAGCUAAUUUAAUGACGAAGUUUUCUAAGAAACUCGUCUCGAAAUGCAUUUAUAUACAGAUAUUGAAAACUACUAAUACGGAUUUGCUUAGUCAAUUUAUGAGUGCUGGAGGAUGGAAUCUUAUUCACACAUGGCUCACUGAUGGCAUUCUUGCCAAGAAUUGGGCUCUUAUUCAAGAACUUCUGGAACUUUUGCUGCUCUGUCCUGUAGAUAUUGAACGGCUGAAGAGUAACAAUUGUCCAAAACUGAUUAAAGGUUUAUCAAAGGAAGGCAGCCAUCAAGGUGUACGAACAUUGGCUACUCGACUUGUGGAGCAGUGGCUAAAAAUUGUGAAAGGAGAAGCAGCGCCGAAUUCGGUGCCAGCUCAAAUCAUGACUGUUUCAGUGCAAUCGAAUACUACUGCAGGACAAAUCGCAGUUAUUCCUUCAUCGCAGCCGCAACAUUACUUGUUAAAUUCUCAACAAACUCUUGACAUUGCUGAAAAUGCAACUGUUCAUGUUCAAGACUUCAAAAUUGCGCAAUCAUCUACCGCUAGUAUUCCAGUAAAUCAGAUCCAGCAAGAUCAAGAAAAGCAACAACAAGAAAGGCUACAGUCGCAAACGGUGCAAGUUAUUGGCAAAGGCCAGCAAGUAACGCAACAACAAGGUAAAAAGCAAUCUUUUGUUGUUGUAUCAACGUCUUCGCAGUCAUCAGUUCCUGUUUAUAAGAUUACCAUUCGCGAUGGUAAUCAAGUCCUUGCCAAGGUGGAAACGGACGUCACGAAUAUAAAUAGUGUUCUAAGCAAAUCUGGUACGAGUACAGAAGUAGUUAUAAACACUGUGGACGCUACGCUUCCUGCUUUACAGGAAGCAAAGCAAGAAACGGAGGAGGUAAAGGAGACAGGACAAAGUGGUAGUGCGACUAGUGGUCAAGACGAAACAGUAGACAUUGGACAAUCAGACAAUUCAGGACAUGUUCCUAGUGAUGUGAAACAGACCGUAGUUAGUUCUAAAGACAAUCAAGAUAUUGAAGGUGCUAAAAGUAAAGAUAAUAAAGACUCUAAGGAUAUUAUUGUUAGUAGUGAUAGCGGUAAGUCUAGUGAUAAGGAAAAUAGAGACUCUCAUAAAAAAGAUGAUAAGAAGUCCAGUUCUGAUAAGAAAAGCAGCACUCAUCAUCACGGUUCGUCUUCGUCUAAAAGUUCUUCUAAGCACAGCGCGAGUUCCAGUACACAUCGCAGCAACUCGACAUCCCAUAGAUCGAGUAGUCAUCGCUCUGGUUCCAGUAGUAAUAGUUCCAAAACCUCCAACUCUAGUAAAGAUAAGUCUUCCAAGGAAAAGGACAAGCAUCACUCCAGUUCAUCCAGUAAGCACAGUUCAAGUAAGAGUAAAUCUGAGCGAGACAAGGAACGGGAGAAGGAGAAGCAGAAAAAGGAUCAGGCGGAGAAGGAUAAGGCGACUUUAGAAAAAGUGCAAGGUCAAGCGUUGAGUUCCAAGUUGGGCAAAAUACCGAAGAAACGAACGGAGGAUGAUACAAAUGGAAGAAAGUCCUCGACUGAGUCGCGAGAUGGUACGAAAGAAAAUAAAGAGAAAGUAGACAGUAGUAAAAAAGACACUGUUACAAAGCUCACUACCGAGAAGAAGAAUAUAUCCAUCUCCAUUGAGAAUAGAAAAAAUAGCCAGGAUUCCGCGACACGGCCGAAAACGGUGAAGACAUUUAAUUCAAAGUUUAGAUCCACGGGACUAGAGGAAGAAGUAAAACCACCACCACCGAGAUCGAAGAAGCCAAAUCCUGCCGUUGAUAAGAAAGUUCUACCUCCGAAAUUUCCCUUGAAGAGGCCAUCGCCAUUGAGAGAAACCAUUCCAUUGGUGGAAAAACGGGUGAAACUAUCACUGGAUUCGCCAACGACACCACCAAGCGAUGAGAAGAAGGGAGGGAUUAAACUGAUACCACCAAAACCAAAACCGAUGGUGCUACAAGAGAGCGACAUGUUCAUGGACGCUCUCACCGCGUCUACCAAGAGCAAAGAACCGAGGAAGCGUAAGCGUAGGACUUCUAUCACGAAGGACGGGUCUUCGGAAGCUAAAAAACAAGAAACCGCUAACGCCGAUAUUCGCGAGAGCACACCACCACCUGCUUCGCCUACAAAUGCCGAAGAAAAAUCGCCAGUUGCCCUCAAACCUAACUUCAAGUUCUAUCAAGAUACUCUAGAAAUAGAAGAAGACAAAGAUCAAAGAGAAAAAGAAAAUAUCGAAGAAGACACGAAGAAAGAUAAAGAUCAGGCGCUUGAUGACGAGAAAGAUAGUAGAGACGAGGAUGAUAUCAGAAGUAACACACCGACACCCGAGGAAGAUGUGGAAGAUAUCAAAGAUUCGGAAUCACCAGAAGAUGCUUCUUCAAUGGUUUCGAACUCAUUGAAGAAGGAUGACGUUAGUCCUUAUCCCGAAAUACGAUAUGUAGAUGGACUUAAAAGUGUUUUGCUACUUCAGAAACGUAAAGGACCGAAGAAGAUUUUAAAGUGGAAGACAGAUUUAGAAUCCAUACGUUAUUUUGAAUUGGAUGAAACAGAAAGGGUUAAUGUGACAAAAACAUUCACCGACAUGAAACAGAUGGAAAAGCAAAACGAAAGGGAAGCAUUCCAAAUGGCCAGAAAAUUAAAUAAUGAGGAUUUAAUGGAAGAGAAAACAAGGUGGAAGCCUUUAAUUCCUAUUGAUCAACCACCUCCAUUAGUAGAACCUGGCAAGGAUAGUAAAGAAAAGGAUAUUCAAUAUGCUCGCGAGAAGGGCAUUCUUCAAGCGCUUUACUUUAAUCGAAGCAUGAUCCCAGAUUCUGCGGCUGAACCCGACGAAGAACGGCAUCAUGUGAUGACCGAUCCUAAAAUAAUACCGUUGGACGAUCUCACAGGCAAUAAGGAGAGCGAAAAGGACUUUACAUCGGUACCGUGGCCAGAACCUAAGCCACAAUUGACACCGCAACCACCGACCGUAACAACGUUCCAUUAUCCCACGACAUUCUCGCACAAUCAACAAACCAUGAUGACCCCUAUGGGACCUCAAUCGACGAUAAGUCAGAUGCCACAGAUGCCUCAGCAGAUGAUGCCCCCAUCGCAUAUAGCUCCCAUGGCCCAGGAGAUGCCGGGACCAACGAUACCGGGCGGUGGCGGUGGUGGUUGGAGAACGGGCGAUGGCAAGGUUCUCGUACCAGAUGUUGGGAUAAAUCCAAUGGCAAAUAUGCCGGGUAAUUUCAAUCAGGGAAUGGAAGGUGGUCCGAUGGUUCCGCCGGGAAUGAUGGGACCGCCGCCCAUGUACAAUCAACAGCAAGAGGGCUACGGCAUGAUGUGUCCAGAAGAUAUGGGAUUCAACAAUAUGAAUCCCAACUUUCAGGGACCGCCCGGACCGAUGUAUGGUCCAGGACCUAAUUUUCCAGGUCCAAGAGGCGCCCCCAUGCACAGUAGGGGCAGAGGAGGUCCCGGUUGGGGAUAUCGCGGAGCUGGACCCCCAAGGGGCGGUUGGCGAGGCGGUGGUGGUGGCUGGCGAGGAAGCGGUAAGCAGCCACCGGUGUGCAGACAGUUUUCGAAAAACGGUUAUUGUCGGAUCGGAGAUAAAUGUCAAUAUCUUCAUCCCGGUGUGAACUGUCCGCCAUUUUAAGAAUGAAAUUGAGAACGAUAUUUGUUAAAUAAUGAAAUUGAUCAUUGGUACGCAAUGAGUCUUCGAUUAGGAUAGAUAUCCGCGAGAGAAGAAAAAGUAGAGAGAAAGAUGGGAUCAGCCGUCAGCGUUACAAUGAUACACUGUAUUAUUCUAAUGAUCUUCCCUCGGGAUAUUCGAUGACGAUUCGCUUGGAAAGCAAAUCCAAAAGUAUACGCGCAAUCAACGCGCAAACGUGUAAAAAAGUGAUAAUUCUCAAUGUGCAAUUUUAUUUCCUUUUUUUGUAAGAAUCCAUUGCAUGAAUAUAUUAAUAGAUUUUUUCUAUUUAAUAAUACUCCAUGCGCUUGAAAGUUUUGUAAAUAUAAUGGCAUUUCUUCUUAACAUAAGUAUCUUACACAAAUUUGUCGAAUCAUUCGAGUGCUGUCAAUAUUCAUGGUAUCAUGAUAUUUCGGAUAUCCGAAAUCUAUCUGGUUAUCUAAGUCUUUCGAGAAUCUUACUCGGAUAUUACGUAAUUUUAUUUUAAUAUCUCAAGAUAACCAGAUAUCAAGGAACAUGGAAUAUUUUUCAAUUAGUCAGAUCGAAUUUUUAAUAUAUAAAUACACAUUACACACUAUUAUAUUAAUAUUAUAUAUUAGAAACCCGCGGAUACUCGCGUAGUAUCCGCGAUUUUAGGUAAUGGAUGAGCAUCCAAUGUUUUAUAUUGACAGCACUAUGCGAUAUCGUCGAGUAUGAAUGCGUUGUAAAAUCGGAUAUGACCAUGCUAGGUUCGGCUGCUGGACAGCAGAACAUCUCUAGAUUACAUCUCGAAAAUAUAGAUUUUUUGCUAGUAUAAUUUUAUUUUGAAUUUUCAAAUUACUUUUAUAAUAACCAUCACACUUGUAUAUAUACCGUAUACAAGAUUUUCUUUUUGUUUGAAUUUUCCACACGUGGCCACUGCCGAGAUUACGAUUCUUUAUAUUUUCCACAGGAGUCAUGUGACUGUUAGAAAGAAUCACAGAAAAAUGAAUUAUAUUUGUGACUGCACUUAGCAUCAUUCAUGUUCUUGAAAUUGAAUUGUCUGGUAUCAUCAUUGUUUUGUGCUUCAAACAAUAGAAUUUUGAAAUAUAGAAAGGGUAUUGAUAAUAAAUAAUAUUCGAUAUAACGUUGCAUAAUGAAACACCAAAAGUUUCAAUAGGAUAAACUACUUUUUAUCAUAAUAAUUUCCAUGUGUGGGUUAUACUUGUAAAUAUGUUUGCAUAAUAUGUAUAAAAUACAAUAAUUCUAAUAAUGACAGACUGUUAGACUUAGUUGGUACACAAUAAUAGAGACAAGAACGGUAGUAUUUAAUAGGAGCCGUAUACAUGUCCUUUAAAAAUAGGAAAGAAGUUCUAUAUAUAAUCAAUCUGAUAUUAUUCGAACCAAUUUUUCCAAGAGAUGUAUAAAAUCGAAUAAUACGAUUCUUUAUAAUUCAACCCGUCAUUGUAAUAUUAUAUUGCAAGUUUUUUACUAUGUAAGAUAAUAUUGAUUAUAUCUUUUUGUAUAUGAUUGAUUGUUAUGUUUGUAUAUAACGUGUUGUAUAAAAGCGUCGCUUAAUGAAAAUAUACCCAUCACAAUUA